AGACGUGCCCUCUCCGGUCUGCUUGCCUUUCUCCUCUCACACUACAAAGAGCAGCGCUUUGACGCACCACACAGAGUUUGAAUAUAGUAUUGCGCUCUGGUCUCUCGCCGUGUUUUUGCUACUCUUUCUACUUCUAAUCGAUAUUCCAUUCAGUCGGAACCAGAAUAUCUUCACCACUGCAGAGUUUUGAAGAAGAACCUGGCGCAGCUGCUGCGCAGGAGGCGUGCUGUGAAUUAAUAUCCAAAUAUACCUGGAGUUUGCGUUAACGCGCUCAAGGAAAGCACCUGGAUCAGAUCAAGGAGCAGCCGAUUUCCCCGGUAAAGACGCACUAACCCAGGAGGAUUCUGGGCACCGCAUGCCGGGGACAUGUGGAAGUUUGCGCCGCUGUAGCGCAGCCACAGAGCCGGUUCAUCUCUAUCGGAAUCAAACUAUUACUUCAGACGCUCUUAGAGGACCCAGAUGUUAAAACUGAACCUCGUUUUUCUUCUCUUAGCAAAACUAACAUAAACAGGAAGGACACGAACAAACAUAAAAGAAACAGAGGGCAUCCCGUUGCUUGCGGAGUUUGGUAACCUGCUUCGGGAACUCCGAAGCUUCUCUUUGUAUUUCACGGGUCUCGUAUCGGCCGAUCAUUGCGCCGCAGACAUGGUGGGAUUAGUGCGCUCUGUUGGCCUUGUCCGUUCCUGGGAGACUGAACCGAGGCUACUGCUGCUGGGGACCGCUCUGCUCCUGGUCCUGUUGAGCAAAGCGGACGGUCAGCCGUGCCCCCCUCCAUGCUCCUGCACUGGGACCACAGUGGACUGUCACGGCCAGGGACUGCGCAGCGUCCCCAGGAACAUCCCCAGGAACACAGAGAGACUGGAUCUGAACGCAAACAAUCUCACAAAAAUCGCCAAAGGGGAUUUUGCAGGACUGAGGCAUCUGAGAGUCCUGCAGUUAAUGGAGAACAAAAUCACAACGAUUGAAAGAGGAGCGUUCCAGGACCUGAAGGAGCUGGAGAGACUCCGACUGAAUCGGAAUAAUUUGGCCGUGUUUCCUGAGCUACUUUUCCUGGGAACAGCCAAGCUUCACAGACUUGACCUGAGUGAAAACCAGAUCCAGGGGAUUCCAAGGAAAGCCUUCAGGGGAGCUGUGGAAAUCAAAAACCUACAGUUGGACUACAACCACAUUAGUUGCAUUGAAGAUGGAGCCUUUAGGGCGUUACGUGACCUGGAAGUGCUCACUCUGAACAAUAACAACAUCAGCCGACUGUCUGUGGCCAGUUUUAACCACAUGCCAAAGCUCAGGACCUUCCGCCUUCACUCCAACAACUUGCAGUGCGACUGCCAUGUAGCCUGGUUGUCCGAGUGGUUACGACAGCGCCCCCGCCUGGGCCUCUACACACAGUGCAUGGCUCCUCCUCACUUGCGAGGGCACAAUGUGGCUGAGGUGCAGAAGAAGGAGUUUGUGUGCACAGGUCAUCAGUCGUCAUCAUCUUCCUCCUGCAGUGUGUUACAGUGCCCAGAGUCCUGCACCUGCAGUAACAACAUUGUGGACUGCAGAGGGAAGGGUCUGACAGAAAUACCCACCAACCUGCCUGAAACCAUUACUGAGAUACGACUGGAGCAGAACGCCAUCAAGGUGAUCCCAGCUGGGGCCUUUUCUCCAUAUAAGAAGCUGCGCAGAAUAGAUUUGAGUAACAACCAGAUCUCAGAACUAGCUUCAGAUGCCUUCCAGGGUCUGCGAUCCCUUAAUUCUUUGGUCCUGUAUGGGAACAAAAUCACAGAGAUUUCCAAGGGACUCUUUGAAGGAUUGUUUUCACUGCAGUUGUUGUUGCUAAAUGCUAACAAGAUAGCAUGCCUGCGUGUGGAUGCAUUUCAGGACCUUCACAACCUCAAUCUGCUCUCUCUAUAUGACAACAAGCUCCAAACAAUUGCAAAGGGGACGUUCUCCUCACUACGAGCAAUACAAACCCUUCAUUUAGCUCAAAACCCAUUUAUCUGUGACUGCCAUCUGAAGUGGCUGGCUGACUACCUGCAGGACAAUCCCAUUGAGACGAGUGGUGCCCGCUGCACCAGCCCUCGGCGGCUCGCCAACAAGCGGAUCGGACAAAUCAAGAGCAAGAAGUUUCGCUGCUCAGCUAGAGAACAGUAUAUCAUCCCAGGAGUACACCAUGUCAGCUGUAACGAGGAUUACCGCAGCAAGCUCGGAGGUGAUUGCUUCGCCGACCUGGCCUGCCCAGAGAAAUGCCGUUGUGAGGGCACGACUGUCGACUGCUCUAACCAGAAACUUACCAAAAUCCCAGAUCACAUUCCUCAGUACACCACUGAGCUGCGUCUGAACAACAAUGAGUUCACGGUGCUUGAGGCGACGGGAAUCUUCAAAAAGUUGCCUCAGUUGAGGAAGAUUAAUCUGAGUAAUAAUCGUAUCAGUGACAUCGAGGAGGGGACUUUUGAAGGAGCUUCAGGGGUCAACGAGUUGAUUUUGACCUCCAACAGACUAGAGAACAUACACCACCGCAUGCUGAAGGGACUCAGCGGUCUCCGUACUCUUAUGCUGAGGAGUAACAAGAUCAGCUGUGUGAGCAACAGCAGCUUCGUGGGGCUCAGUUCUGUACGGCUCCUUUCACUGUACGACAACCAGAUCACCUCUAUGAGCCCCGGAGCCUUCGACACACUGCACUCCCUCUCCACACUAAACCUCUUGGCCAAUCCUUUUAACUGUAACUGCCACCUGGCCUGGCUCGGUGAUUGGCUGAGAAGGAAACGCAUCGUCACAGGGAAUCCUCGCUGCCAGAAUCCUUAUUUCCUAAAGGAGAUUCCCAUCCAGGAUGUAGCUGUUCAGGACUUUGCCUGUGAAGAUGGUAACAAUGAGAACAGCUGCUCUCCUAUUCUGAGGUGUCCAGCCGAGUGCUCUUGCCUGGAUACUGUGGUGCGCUGCAGCAACAAAGGUCUCACAACUCUGCCCAAAGGUGUCCCAAAAGAAACCACUGAACUGUAUUUGGAUGGAAACCAUUUCACCCAGGUUCCAGUGGAGCUUUCAAAUUACAAACACCUAACACUUAUUGAUUUGAGUAACAACCAGAUCAGCACGUUGUCCAACCACAGCCUCAGUAACAUGUCUGAGCUGCUUACACUAAUCCUGAGCUACAACCGUCUAAGAUGCAUCCCAGUGAGGGCAUUCGAUGGUCUCAGGUCUCUCCGUUUGUUAUCUCUCCAUGGUAACGACAUAUCCUUGAUUCCAGAGGGAGCCUUUAAAGACCUGUCAUCCCUGUCUCAUCUGGCUCUGGGUGCCAAUCCUUUGUACUGUGACUGCCACAUGCAGUGGCUGUCUGACUGGGUGAAGAGUGGCUACAAAGAGCCUGGCAUCGCCCGCUGUGCUGGGCCCGGGGACAUGACUGACAAGCUACUCCUAACAACACCCUCCAAGAAGUUUACCUGCACAGGCCCAGUGGAUUUGAGUAUCCAGGCCAAGUGUGAUCCGUGUUUGUCCAGCCCCUGCAAAAAUGACGGCACAUGCUCCAGUGACCCUGUGCACUACUACCGCUGCACCUGCCCGUAUGGAUUUAAGGGACAAAACUGUGAGGAACCCAUCCAUGCCUGCAUCGGUAACCCCUGCCAAAAUGGAGGAACUUGCCAUCUGAAGGAAGGAGAAGGAAGCAAUUUUUGGUGUGUGUGUCCUGAGGGCUUUGAAGGCGAUACUUGUGAGAUCAACAUUGAUGACUGUGAGGAUAACGACUGUGAGAACAACUCCACCUGCGUGGAUGGAAUCAACAACUACACCUGCAUGUGCUCCCCAGAAUACACAGCUGCUACCAAUGAGGUGGAGAGAGGAGAAUUGUGUGAGGAGAAACUGGACUUCUGCGCCCCAGAACUGAACCCGUGUCAACACGACUCAAAGUGCAUUCUCACCCCUCAGGGAUACAAGUGUGAGUGCACUCCAGGCUACGUUGGGGAGCAUUGUGAGUUGGACUAUGAUGACUGUGAAGAGAACAAGUGUCAAAACGGAGGUCACUGCAUUGAUGCUGUUAAUGGAUACACCUGCAUCUGUCCAGAGGGAUACAGUGGGCUUUUCUGCCAGUUUACUCCCCCAAUGGUCCUCCCUCGAACCAGUCCCUGUGACAACCACGACUGCCUAAAUGGAGCUCAGUGCGUUGUUGUGGGAACAGACCCCCGCUGUCAGUGUCUUCAUGGCUACGAGGGCGAACAUUGUGAAACGCUUGUGAGUGUAAACUUUGUCAACCGGGAGUCCUACCUGCAACUUCCCUCCAACCUCCUCUCACCACAGACCAACAUCAGCCUACAGAUUGCUACUGACGAGGACAGUGGCGUCUUACUGUACAAAGGUGAUGAUGAUCACAUUGCAAUGGAGCUGUACAGAGGACGUCUCAGGGUCAGCUACGACACUGGAUCCUACCCACCUUCUGCGAUAUACAGUGUGGAGACAGUAAACGAUGGCAGUUUCCACUCUGUGGAGUUAGUAGCAGCUGACCAGACUCUGUCUCUGUCCAUUGAUGGCGGACCACCCAAAUCCAUCAGCUCCAUCAACAAACAGUCCACCCUCAGCAUUGAUUCCCCACUUUACCUGGGAGGAAUGCCAGAAAAGGCUUCAGGCUCUGGUGGCUUUUCUGCCCUUCAACUCAGCUCAGGAGGCCGCAACGGUACAAGCUUCCAUGGAUGCCUUCGUAAUCUUUACAUCAACGGAAAGCUCCAGAACUUGGGAGCAGGGCAGGACCAAGACACUCCAGCUCCAGGGAAUUUACAGAACAACAGACAAUGGCUUGGAAAUGGGGUGGAGCCGGGCUGCCAGCCAUGCCAGAGAGAUACUUGCAUCCAGGGUGACUGCCACCCAACAGGUCACCAAGGAUUCACCUGUACCUGCCAUCCAGGAUGGACUGGGGCUCUGUGUGACCAGCAAGUUACCAAUCCUUGUGAUGGCAAUAAGUGUAUUCAUGGUACCUGCCUUCCAAUAAACUCUUACUCCUACUCCUGUCGGUGCCAGCCUGGUUUCUCCGGUGUUCUAUGUGAUGGUCAGGACCUGGAUACGGCCAAUCCUUGUAGCGCGUCCCAUUGCAAGCAUGGCAGAUGUCGAGUGUCAGGCUUGGGAAAAGCAUACUGCGAGUGCAACAGUGGAUACACAGGGGAGGCAUGUGACCGAGAGGUGGCCUGCCGAGGGGAACGGGUCAGAGAUGUCUACCAGAGACAGCAAGGCUAUGCGGCGUGCCAAACCCAGGAGAAGAUCUCCCGUUUAGAGUGUCGAGGCAGCUGCCCAGGGGGAACAGAAGGACAGGGAACCUGCUGCACCCCCCUCCGCAGCAAACGCAGGAAAUACACCUUCCAGUGCACUGAUGGGUCUUCUUUUGUCCAGGAAGUGGAAAAGGUUGUGAAGUGCGGCUGUACAAAGUGUUCUUCGUAAAACAAAAGUUUGUUUUUUUCUCAGAACAGUUCCUGCCACCCCUACCAGAUUGAUCAUCUUUUUGUUUUCUGUGGAGAAACUCUCCACACCCCAGGAGUACUUCUCCUAAGCACCACAAUUUUUGUAAGCCCUCACAAAAGAAAAAGGAAAAAAAAUAUCUAAAGAAAUCACAGGAGAAACAACUCCAAAAAUGGCUACUUUUCUCAUCAUUGCUGGACUGAUGAGCGAUGCUUCCUCGUUGAGGAUUUUGAAUUGUAUUAUAAAGUACAAAAGCAGACUUAUUUUUAUUAUGAAGUGGGGAAAAAAGACAAAAAAAGAAAGACAUUUUUCUUCAUCUACUUCUGUUUUAUUGGUUGUGAAUACUCCAGCGGUGUGCCACACUGUGCAACACUUUCUGCUCCCCGGAGAACUGGCGGCUCACCAACAGUUCACCACUUUCCAGUAGACGUCCAGCGCCCUGUCUCUGAGUUGUGUGUCUUUAGGAGUAACUGUAAUUGGUAGUACUACAGACUCACCACCAGGAGGAGCUGCCUUAAAGCAUGGCCCAGUAUGGGCAUCUAUUACCCCCUUCAACAUAAAACACAACACAGAAACCAGCACAGGCUCCUUUGGCAGGCCUCCUGAGUCCUUUGUGACUGUGCGCAUGAUGGUACACAUAGCUGCGCUGAAUCUUAAGGUUCUCUUUACAGCUAUUGAGCAACGGACAUGCGCCUACACCUGCAGACAAAAACAGGUUAACUACACAACACUCUUGUUUGUGUACCCCAUCCCCUCACCUGAGUCAUGAAUGACAAGUAUUUAUUGUAUCAUAAAUACCUGUACUUAUUCACUAGAUUCCCCAUGUAUCAGCCUGAGUCUUUUAAUAUAUAUUAAUUUAUAUUUGUCCUUAUUUUUGUAUUAAAAAGACAUACUCUGUCAAGAUAGCUGAACUAACAAAAUGGUGUCCUUUAUUUUUGGUGUAAGAAAAGUUUUGUUUUGUUCUUGAUCACUGAAACUUUUGUGCUUGCCAGAGACCUUAGUUACAUUUUAAUCUGCAAAUGUGACGUGAAGACAUUGUAUAUUUUUCCUGAGAGUUUGUACUGUGCCAUUACCAGAAAGUUCUUUAUAUUAGAGUAUAAAUGUAUAUUUUUCCCUACCUAUGUACUCCACACACAGACUUUGUGAGUAGCAUUGACCCUAGCAGAUGCAUAGAGAAACUCUUUUUACCUUUUUAACAAAUUUAAAGAAUACUGUGACUUUUUUCUAAAUGAAACUACUUUGUUAGCCCCUUUGGUCUCAAAUGUUAACAUGUUGCUGCUAAGUUUUUUGUACCGUAGACUUGGAUCCUGAUCUGUAUCUUAUAUAGAGCUUCCUGCCCCUUCCUGUUUGGGGCUGCCUUGUGUAACAGAUGAAUAUGACCCCCUCCCUCCUCCAUCACCACCUUUACACAUGUGCAUUGUGCUUUAUAUUCUCCUACUAUUUCUCCAUCCCAAGACUAAUGUCAGUUUUCUGACUGAUGUUUGCUUAUUAAACACAAUAUUUACCUCAGUAUUCUCAUUUUUUUCCUUUUUAUGUUGCUUUAAGAAGUUGGUGUGAGACGAUCCCUACGACCCACUGAAGACGAUUUUUGCAAAUUAGAACCCUGAUAGGAUUUGUUAUACAGAUGUUAUUUUAUUCUCAAUGUACUUCUUCUCGUCUCCUGUUGAAUAUUUCAUUUUGCAACAUUAAAACAUUGUCCCUG